AAAAUGUUUGAAUUUAACUAUGUGAUUUUAUUUUCAGAUGGUAAACUAAUUAUCAAUGUACCUGGUUAUGCAGAACCCCUUAUUACAUAUUUGGAUAAAAAUCCCAUGAAAAUAAAUUUUGUUGGCCUUGCUACUUGGAAUAAAAACCCAGCUAAAUGGUUCUACAACUGUCAAUUCGACGAAAAUUCAAAAAUGGAAGGCCAAAAAAACAAUGAACAAUGGUCUGGAUUCUUAAACAGGCAUACAUCAUUUUUUCAUGGCUUAGUUCCAACAUUGGACAAAUUUGAUGACAAUCAAGUGAUAGAGUUUCAACAAGAAGUUAUUGAGGCAGUGAAAAAAGUCAAGAAAACUUCAACUAGACAACAACCGAUUCCGCGAGUAGAUGUACGGUCUGGAUUGUGCUCAUGUGCUUAGAAUAAUGGUGUUUGGAAGAAAAACUUCAGCGAUCAUUAUUAUUUUCUCCGUUACUUGGAAAGAUUAAUUAUUUUUAUAAUUUUUUGUGUACUUACGUUUCGAUCAAUCCUCGUAAAUUUAUUAAAUAAAUAUGUUGUGAUAAGAACUUCUGUAUUAUAUUUUAAAA